AUGUUACACUUGGACAUCGAGUACCCAGCUGACAAAGCAAUUAAACUAUUGUGCGAUGGGCUCAAACAUCCACAAUGCACAAUAGAGACAUUAAGGCUUCAUGGAGACAUCCUGAAUGAAUCUGGCAGCAGGCAUCUUGCAGAAGUACUCAGGAAAAACCAGAGAUUAAGAACAUUAUACUUGUUCCUCACUAACCCAGAUGAUCAACCAAUGGAAGAACUGUUUGAGGGUCUCAAACAACCAGAAUGUACAAUAGAGACGCUAGAGAUUCAUGGAGAGAUAUCGAGUGAAUCCUGCAGCAGGCAUCUUGCAGAAAUAUUCAGGAGAAACCAUAGAUUGAUAGAUUUAGAGCUGUCCAUCAAAAUCCCUGAUGACAAAACAAUAGAACUAUUACGUGGUGGGCUGAAUGAUCCAGAAUGUACAAUAAAGAAGCUAAAGAUUUUGGGAGAGAGCCUGAAUGAAUCCUGCAGCAGACAUCUUGCAGAAGUAUUCAGGGGAAACCAGAGCCUGAGACAGUUAGAACUGACCCUCAAGAAUUCAGAUGAGAAAACCAUGGGACUGUUGUACGAAGGGCUCAAACAUCCAGAAUGUAAAAUAGAGACACUACAGUUGAAUGGAGAAUACAUUAUACAGAAUGGAAAAUGGAAUGAAACAUUUAUGCUGGAAUCUCCAGCUAGUACCCAGGUAAGAGUGGAAGAGUCUGGCAAGCUCAGAGUCCUCGCAGAACACAAAGAGGCACAGAACUGACUGCUUUCACAAUCCCUGAAGCCCUAAUGUGCUGAUUCGAGUGUAUGGUUAGACUAGGAAUUAAAAACUGUUCAAGUUAAUUUAGGAGUUAAAUACUGUUCAAGUUAGUUUAGGAGUUAAAUCCUUUUAGAGAUUGCUUUUCAGAAAUUGUGGAAUGGAAUCAUUAAAGAAAGGAUGCAAAAGGAGGGACAAAAUGAAAUGUGAAUGACAAAAAUGAAAACAUUUUAAAAAUUAUUUGAAAUAAUUAAAUUGAAUGG